GGCGUAUUAAUUAGUUGCAUCAUUGUCCCGAAAUAAUGCUCACCCCUACCUAAUAAAUAAUAAUAAUAAUAAUAUAAUUACACAAGAUCAGUAGCAAGCCCAUUUUGACGCUUAUAUUUGAAACUUCUAAUGGGCACCAGCAUACGGUCAAUGUUCAGUUCAGGACUGGGUUUAGUUGAGAUUCUUGAGAACAAACACUGACCAAAUUUUCCAUUGGCUAAAUAAAGCUAGAAUCCGUUUGAAACCUGACUGAGAUCGAAAAAUCAAGUCAUAUUGAUUCCUUCUUUUAUGUCCAUCCAACACCCUUUUCAUAUCAAUCGAAACUAUGAGUCCAUCUCUUGUCUCUUACGCCAUUGUUUACAAACCAAGAAUCUUGGAGUUGGAGCAUUGAAGAAACUUCACGCACGCCUACUGAGAACCGGCUUCCUCUUCCUCUCCCAUGGCCUCCACACCGACCUCAUCUUCAUGUAUACUACAUGCCUUGAGAGAAACCAGCUUCAAACUCUCACCAAGUUUCUGGCCUGCAUCAACCCCACGAGCCCAUUACCAUUUAACGCAUUGAUCUCAGAUUUUCGUCGAAAAGGGUGGCCUUUUCUUGCUCUCCACACCUUCGCCUUCAUGCACGCAAGCGGCGUUCCGGUUGACACGUACGCGUUGUGCAGCUCGUUAACGGCUUCCUCUGCCGCGAAAGCCGCCGGGUUUGGCAAACAGUUGCAUGCCCUUGUGAUGAGAUUAGGCUGGGCGUCCAGCGUGUUUGUGGGGAGCGCUCUGCUUGAUCUACACUCGAAAUUGUUGCUCAUCAAGGAUGCAGCAGCACUGUUCGACGAAAUGCCUGUAAGAAAUACAGUUUGUGCCAAUGUUCUUUUGUCAGGCUACGCCGAGGCCAAAUUGUGGGUUAAGGUACUUGAAUUUGUUCGGAAGAUGCCCGGGCUACACUUGGGCUGUGAUAACUUCACGUUAUUGGCUACUCUGCGGGCGUGUGCCGGAUUGCCUGCUAUCAAAAUGGGGGAGCAAGUGCACGCCAAAAUCAUUAGAACAGUUCCUAAUGUGGGAGAUGAUGUAUUUCUGCAGAGUUCAUUGAUUGAAAUGUAUGGAAACUGUGGUCUAGUACAGAAAGCUGGGCAGGUCUUUGGCAUGGCUGGCUUCAGACAAGAGGGAGAAAGGAAGAGGGAUGUUGUUCUAUGGACUUCAAUGCUCAGUGUCCAUGGAAGAAAUGGGCAUUUUAAAGAAGUGAUUCGAUUAUACAAAGAGAUGCUCAUGGAGGGGAUUGCCCCAGAUGGGGUGGCAUUUGUGGCCGUCAUCUCAGCUUGUGGCCAUACUGGCCAAGUGAAUCUUGGGAUCCAGUAUUUUGAAUCUAUGGUCUGUGAUUUUGGAUUGAAUCCCAGCCCAGAACACUAUGGCUGCCUCAUUCAUUUGCUUUGUAGAGCUGGUGAGAUGGACAAGGCAUGGAGGCUUGUGAAUGAGAUGUCACAGAAAGCACAUGGCAGUUGCUCUGUUUCCAUGUGGGGAGCCCUGCUUGGUGCCUGCAGUGAAUGUGGGAAUGUUGAUUUGGCCAAACUGGCUGCUCACAGGGCUCUGGAUUUGGAUCCUCAUAAUGUGGGGAUUUAUGUUUUGCUAUCAAAUGUGUACGCAAAAUAUGGCAUGUGGGAUGAGAUUGGGCAGUUGAGGAAGCUCAUGAAAGAAAGAGGGCUGGAGAAAGAUGUUGGGCUGAGUUGGAUAGAGCUUACAAGGUGAAUUGGAGGUCAAGCCUGUAGGGUUGCUAGCCGUAAUAAACUUGAGAACUAACUUAUGCAAAAAUCUACUGGGAAGAACUAUGCUCCUGCCAUAGAAAUAAGUUGAUGAAAUAUUACAAGAGCCUUGAAGCCA